AUGUCUCGGCUGUUGACCUACGACAAUGGCGGCUUCGAGUUGGUCGGCAAUGCCUUCAAAAUCACUGGAGCGGUUGGUGACAUAGACGAUUUGAAGAAGGCGAUCAAGACCGAAAAUGCAGCCACAGUCCAAUGUGACGCCUUCCAAAUCGAUAUAUUUAGCCAACAGGAGGAUGACAACUGGAGCAAAGAAGACGAAGAAGCUUCCAUUAAACGCGGUGUCUCCAAGUCCUCCUCUGAGUAUAUACAUGUUAAUACUCUGAAUAUACUUGUUACAAAUGCCUUGUUGAAGUGCAGGGGUCAACCAACCAUUCAGGUUGGACUGCUAUGGAUACCUCAUUCCAUAGAGGUGGGAAACCUUGGGAUUGCCUCAGCAGCCCAAGGGGAUUUGCAGACCAGUCGGAUCUGCCUCCAGUACCACUUGAGCUCCGCGCAACGUGGGUCCAAGUCCAUGGCUGCUGACAACAAGUUUGCUCAGAAUACCCUCAAAGAGGUGAGCAAGAAUGCCUAUCAUCGGCUGGGCCAGGUCAAUGCCACGGACGGCCGCUUCGACGAGGCGGCCGACCACUUCGCGAAGGCGAUGGAGGUCGCCAAGUCCGCCAAUCAGCAGAAGGACGAGGAAGUUUCACUGGCCAUGCUGGGGAUUGCCCGUGGCAUGUUGAGCUUUGAUGAGCACUGUGCAGCCUUAGUCAGACAUGCUGAGGAGGCUGCCAUCGAUGCGGACGACGUGCGGAACGCAACGUGA